AUGUCAUCUGGAUAUAGCAGAGGUGGUCUAUGGACAAACGCCGAGGAUGAGAUCCUCAAAGCAGCGGUAUCAAAAUAUGGGUUGACCCAAUGGUCAAGAUGCUCGUCGUUAUUGAAUCGCAAGACCGCUAAGCAAUGUAAAGCAAGAUGGAAUAAUUGGCUUAGUCCUGAAAUAAAUAAAACUGACUGGGCCCCCAAAGAAGAUGAGAAAUUGCUCGAGAUGGCGAGAAUCUUGCCGAAUCAAUGGCAAACGAUUGCUCCGUUAGUGGGGAGAACUCCAAAUCAAUGUAUCGAGAGAUACCAGAGGUUAUUGGAUGAUAUCGAAAAUAACGACGGCGGAAAUGUGAAUGCAGAAGCUCUUCAAGCAAUAGGCCCCAAAGUUAAUUUAGAUGAUGAUGGUCUAGGUAAUAUUCCAGAAUCCAAGCCGGCCAGACCUGAUGCAAUCGAUAUGGAUGAUGAUGAACGGGAGAUGAUUAGUGAGGCCAGGGCUAGAUUGGCAAAUACCCAAGGUAAAAAGGCAAAAAGAAAGCAAAGGGAAAGGAUCUUGGCUCAAAGUCGAAGAGUAGCAUUAUUACAAAAAAGAAGAGAAUUGAAAAAUGCUGGUAUCAAUGUGAAAAGCUCGAUAGUGUCGAAUAAGCAAAAAAAAAGAAAUAAGAAUAUCAUGGAUUAUAAUGCGGAUAUUCCCUUUGAGAUAAAACCAGAGUCUGGUUUGUACGAUACAAAACAUGAAACAAAGAAAGAUCUAGAAGAUUACGAAAAGUUUCAGAAAUCUGUCGGUGGUCCAGAUUUUGCAAAUGAAAAGAAAAAGGGUAAAAAGAGAAAGCAGGAAACCAAAGAAAAACGAGGUCCAAUAAUCAUUUCGCAGGAAGAUAUCAACAAUGAAGAAGAAUUAUUGAUCAAGAGAAGAAAAUUUGAUCUACCAGUACCCAAGUUUGAGAAUAAUGAGAACCAGUCCAAAUUGGGCGAUUUGCAUAAUUAUCUAGCCCAGAUAGCCCAAGAGGAAGGAUUAUCUUUAGAUGAUGUCAUGGCAAAAACUCGCGAAGAUGUGGGGGAUGAUAAUAAAUCCUGGUUGAGAACAAAGUUAUUAGAAUCGAGCGAUAGUAAGAUAAAACGUCUUGGUACCGAUUUGAAAAGUUUCCAUAAUCUUCAAUCCAGCUUGCUAUCGAAAGAUGAGAUAGAAGAAGAAGAGGAAGAUGAAGAAGAGAAAGUUAAAGAGGUGAAAACCAAAAGGAAGCAGUCAAAGAAGGAGAAGUCAAGAAAGAAAUCUUCAAUUAAGACAGCCGCGUCGAUAUUGAGAGAGAAGUUUUCCCAAUUGCCUUUACCUAAGAACGAUUUCGAAAUUGGUAUUGAUGAUAGUGAUGAAGAAGAUUCGGCAACAAUGGAAUUAGAAAAGAAACCAGAAGUAGAGAGUCAGCAGCAGUCUGGAAAUGUAGAGAGUGAUUAUGGUAAGACAUACGUGAGAUCCUUGGCUAUUGAAAGGGAAAUGAGUAUACCAUUUAUUGAUUCUAAGAAUAAAACAUUAAAACAAAUUUCCGAAAUCCCAAUUACUUUUGAUGAAACACUUUCUAAACUCUUAGAUAACGAAAUGGUUUCGCUCGUUAUUUCAGAUUAUUUAAAAUCAGAAUAUACUUCAGGUGGUGACGAUGCUCGAGAAUUAGAAAACAACCCAACUUUCAAAAAUGAUAUUGUUAAAGAUAUGGAGCAAGCAGAUAGAGCAGCCGCUCUUGAGUUGAUUAAUAAAGAGGUCGCUUGGGACAAAGGCAGAAAGCAAGAAGAAAUUUUUACAAGAAUUGCGCAAAUCACUGGGAACAAAAGUUAUGCUUUUUCAGGAUUAGGAAAAGGGGAGAUGACAACAGUUCAAAAUGAAAAAUUGGCCAGUCAGUUAAUUGAUUCCAUCAAAAAUAUUUCUCGGGUAUGCAAUUGUUUGUAA